AAUGGCAUAUGCAGCCGUUCAUUCUCUUGCCCAAACCACUGCAGAAAUCAUCUUCCUUCAUCCCGUUUCUGAUAACAAAAAACACCAAAUUAGAUCCAUCUAUGAGCCAUUCAUUUCCUUGAAACAGUUUCUCGAAGAAUUCCCCGAUGAGACGCCCAGCAAUUUGUAUGAUCGUAUCAAGCAAGCUGCGCGCGAAGCAGAACACGUUAUUGUAUCUAUCAUAUCGGAGGAAAAUCAACCGCAGUGCUGUGCCGCUUUAGCAGGAAAAUCCAAAUUGAAACGCCAAGUGAAAAUGAUAAUGGAGCUGACUAAUUCAAUCAGUGUGGAGGUGAGGAACAUGAAGCAGAAUAAAGCUGCCACAACCAAAGCUGCAGUGCAAAUUGGUAAUGGUGCGUCUUCUUCUGCGGCAGGUUUGCAAUCUAUCGACUCUAUGGUUGGUUUACAUGAAGAUUUGAUAGCAAUUAAGUCUCGAUUGUGUGAAGAAUCGCCCAAUUUACAAGUUAUCCCUAUUUGUGGUAUGGGUGGUAUAGGCAAGACCACUCUUGCAAAACUUGUUUAUGAUGAUCCACUGACCCGGCAGCAUUUUGAUAUUCGUGUUUGGGUUACGAUAUCACAGGAUUAUAGUGCAGAUGUGAUUCUUUCUGAGCUCUUAGCUUCCAUGAAAGAAUUUGACAAUGAGAGAUUGGGUGGAUUGGUUGGGGAAAAGGUGUUUAAAAUCUUGAAAUGUAGACGGUAUCUCAUCAUAAUGGAUGAUAUUUGGAGUGUGGAGGCUUGGGAUGAGAUAAGAGCUAUACUUCCCGAUGAUGGUAAUGGAAGUCGAGUCGUUUUAACCACGAGACUAACCGAUGUUGCUGCUUAUCCUGACCCUUGUAGCCCUCUUCACGAGAUGCGUUUAAUGGAUGAAAAUCAAAGUUGUCAUCUGCUCCGGAAGAAGGUGUUUGGUCACCAAGAUUGUCCUUUGGAAUUGGAGAGCAUUGUGGAGGAGAUUGCAAGGAACUGUAGAGGACUGCCUCUUGCAGUUGUUGUUGUUGCAGGGGUGCUAUCCACAGUCGGAGAGGAUCCAGCUUCGUGGAAGGCUAUUGCAGAAGACGUAAGAUCAGCUGUUACUUCAAAGGGACAGUUUGAGAGUAUAUUGUCUCUGAGUUACACUCACUUGCCUCAUUAUCUGAGGCCAUGUUUCUUGUACAUGGGAAUGUUUCCUGAAGAUCAUGAGAUCCGUGCCUCAAAACUCAUACUAUUAUGGGUAGCUGAGAACUUUGUGAGUCGUCCCGAUGGAUCCAAAAGCUUAGAAGAAGAGGCAAAAGAGUGUCUGGAGGAUCUCGUGAGACGAAAUCUUGUUUUGGUUAACAGGAGGAAGUUUGAUGGUGAGAUUAAAAGUUGCAGCCUCCAUGAUCUAAUGCGAGAUUUGUGUGUAAGAAAAGCACAUGAAGGGAAGUUCUUUUUGGAUUUUAGCUGUUGGCAAGAUAGGAGGUAUUUUCCUCUUGCAAUCAGAGAAAAUCAGCGUCGUGUAAGUGUUUCUCCUUCGGGUUUACCAUAUCUUUCUAAAAUAGAUAGCUUAACCAUCCAUACAAUUAUGUGCUUCCAUGUAAAAUCCGUAACAAAUAUGUUGGAAAGAUUUGGAUUGCUGAGGGUAUUGGACGUAGGGAAUGUUUAUGUGAGAUCACUACCAGAUGAACUAUUUGACCUGUUAAACCUAGUAUACCUUUCUAUAUACUAUCUUGGAAGGAUACCUGCAGCCAUUUCUAAGCUUCAUAAUCUUCAAACUUUAUCACUUCAUUCAAUGAAUGCAUGGAGACGUUUCAAAGCUCGUUGGAUCAAUUUGCCACACGAAAUCUGGACCUUGUCUCAAUUAAGACAUCUUGUCUUCUAUGGACGGUUACCUGAUCCAGAAGAAAGAAUAACUUCUAGUCUAGAAAACCUCCAAACACUUUCUUUAGUUUCACAUGCCAUGUGUAGUGAAAGGAUUUUGAGAAUGAUCCCAAAUCUAAAGAAAUUGGAAAUCGAUUGUUCUGAUUAUCGUCCGAGCCAAAGUUUCCUGAACAAUUUGGUAAUUCUGCAUCAACUCGAAGAUUUGAAACUUCGUUCAUCUUUGAGCGAUGAAAUUUUCCACAGGGACAUGUUCACUUUUCCGAGGACGCUGAAAAAGCUGACUUUAAGUCGCGUGCCUCUUCCUUGGGAGGACCUGACUGUUGUUGGUUCAUUGCCAAAUCUUCGGGUGCUCAAACUAACCUACUGGGCUUGCAAAGGCGACACGUGGGAAACAACUGAAGGAGAGUUCCCUCAGCUGGAAUUUCUGUUGAUAGAACAGUCUGGUCUCAAGCAUUGGAUAACUGAAAGUAGCCAUUUCCCAAUGCUCAAGUAUCUAGUGCUCGAUGACUGUUGGGAUCUCUCUGAAGUUCCCGAAGGCAUUGGAGAAAUUCCAACACUUGAACUGAUUGAGGUGAAGGGAAUAGUGAGAGAGUCGCUCAUGGAGUUGGCCAGGAAGAUUCUGGAGGAGCAAAAAGAAUGGGGAAAUGAUACCUUUCAAGUUCGUUGCAUGAAUCGUUAAUGGUGUUAGAGAAAAUGGCAGAAAGAGAAGUCAAUGCACCAAGUGCCCAGUGGUGUUCCAUGAAUUGCAACUAAGAACAGGGGAAUGAUAUGAGUUCAGUCCUCGCUAGGCCAGGUUAGAGCUUCGUAAUAUCACAUAAAACUAAAACCUCAAAUGAUGUCUGCCACAUUUAAUACAGUAACUUAUUUCAUAGAAUGAUACAAAGAUAAAUACUAGCAUUGCUGACUAUGGUUUUAUUUAGAGUUUGGAUUCAUGUUUUAUAAUGUAUUGGAACCUCAAUGCCAAUAUCGUUGAUCUAUCCGGUGAGUGAGUACAAUGUGUACUGUACUUUCAAUGAUCUUUUUGAAUAAGUAGAAAUAACGCUAGUUGGUUGACAACUUGAUGUAGUUUUUAUAUAGGAAAAAGGAACACUUUGAUGAGAAGAAUACAACAAAAAUGCAUGUUAUUGGAAAAUACAAAGUCGAAGAAACAAAGAAACAAAAUCA